AUGCCUAAAUCGAUAAAGCAAAAAAACAAUAAACUUGUAACUGCGCUUACUAUUAAUUCGAAUAUUGAUGAAAAUAAUGACAACUCAAAUAGUAUUCUCACUGAUUUCAAACCAACUUUCCCUCCCACAUUAACAGCAAAUGAUCUUAUUAAUAAUGUUAAUAAAUCUAACACAUUUAACAAAAGUAGAGCAAAAACAUUUCCAAACGCUUUUAUCGUUUAUAGAAUAGCGUUAACUAAAGAAUAUCGUAAUAAGAACAUUAAGCUACCACGUAUGGGGCCAUUUUCUAAGAUCGCAAAAAAGUCUUGGGAGAAAGAGUCACAAGAUGUCAAAGAUGUUUACCAUAAGCUAUCUGAGGAUGCCAAAUCUUUGUAUAAUCAAAACAACGUUCAAAUUAUAUUUGAUAAGCAUAUGGUUGUAAAUGAUCAACAAAGCGCGGGGGGUGCCGCAGAAUCGGCUUACGUCAAUCAUGAUACCGAGGUUUUUCCUGUCGAUACCUUUACGCAAAAUUCAUCAAGUGAGUAUCUUCCAGAGGAUUCUUCUCCAAAUUAUAGCUUUUACGAAGAUCCGUAUGGACUGAAUUCAGCUGAUCGAGAAUUAUUAUAUAUACUUGAUUUUCAUUUCAAAAUUGAUACACAUACACAUGAAUAG